AUGUUUUCAGGCUUUGGGUUCGAUACAUCGUUGGACUUACCAGUGAAUUCCAGUCUGCCACCGGAACAAAACGACAGUAAUGAGAAUGACAGAUCUACCUUCAGCCGCCUGCGUGAUGCAGAUCGCGCUCUGCUCAAACGUUUCCAUGUUCACUACAUUUGUGACUUUAUGGUCGAGUUUAAAAAGAUGAAAUAUUGGGUUCCUGUCACAUCCUCGGAGAAGGCAGAUCCUCACAACCGAUAUCACGAUUUUGAGAUUAUUCCGAUGCCGUAUCCAGGAAGUGAAUUUUUCCGUGUCUGGCGUGACAGCGGCUAUGCAAUGCGUGGUUUGGUGUUUGACUGGACGCAGGUAAGUCUCUCUGUUUGUUAA